CCUGCCCCCGGGGGCAGGGGUGAGAGGAGAGAUGAGUUGCUGAGUGUGCACACCUUUGAGAGCCCAUACACACAGCCUGCUCUGGGGGCUCCUUUCCUAAGCUGCCCCCAUGGAGUUCCCCCUGGCCCAGAUAUGCCCCCAAGAUUUAGGGACUUCCGGGCCACCAGAUGACCAGUUGACUUUCCAGCUCUCCUUCCUGAGGCCCGGUUUCUCUGACAAGCCCCUCUGCCACCUCAGCCCCUCUUGUCUCCUUGGCUCCUCACUCCUCCUCCCUGAGAAAUCGUCUCUGCUGUCCCUCCUGCAUUUCUCCUGCCAUGACUGUCUGGUCCUCCAGGUCCCUGGGAGUCCAGAAGCCCCCGCCCUGAACUUCAGCACCUUCCUGCCCGUGGGCUUGAAUCCCAGGAGCUGCCAGGACCUGAACUUGCUUCCGGGACCCAGACUCCAGGCUCCAAAGGCUGAGGAGGCUCAGUCCACCCCCAGGGUCCUGGCUGUCCACGCUGUGGCACCUCCCCAGACCCUGGGGGCUGCCUGCAGCCCAAAGGGCGUUGGGAAGGCUGAGGAGGUACCUAGGGAAGGAGGCCUGUCCCUGCAGGCUGAGACUCGAGCUUGGUUCCAGAAGACCCAGGCCCGUGAGCUCCUGCAGCACGGGGCAGCCCCCGCCUGGUUCCACGGCUUCAUCACCCGGAGAGAGGCCGAGAGGCUGCUGGAGACGAAGCCUCAGGGAUGCUACUUGGUGCGUUUCAGCGAGAGCGCUGUGACCUUUGUGCUGACUUACAGGGGCCGGACUUGCUGCCGCCACUUCCUGCUGGCCCAGCUCCGGGACGGGCGCCACGUGGUGCUGGGCGAGGACAGCGCCCACGCGCGGCUGCAGGACCUGCUGCGGCACUACACGGCGUGCCCGCUCAGCCCCUACCGGGAGACGCUCACCGAGCCCCUUGCCCGUCAGACUCCUGAGCCCGCGGGACUGUCCCUAAGGACUGAAGAAUCAGACUCUGGAAGUAAAAGCCAGAACUCACAACCUCAGUAUAGCCCAAUCCUCAAAAAGGAGCAGAGCGCAUCCGCCAUGCAGAAAGAAGGGGCUGGGGAGCCACAGGAGCCGUCCAGGCCCAGGCCUCCCAUGCCCGCCAAACUUCAGCUGCCCUAUGAAGUCUACACAAGCUCCGCUUCGAGACCCCACCCAACCCCGCCCCCCAAGCCUUCCAUCCCCAUCUACCACGAACCUGAUGAACCCAUAGACUUCUAUGCCAUGGGCCGUGGCAGCCCCGGGGAAACCCCCAGCAACAUUUAUGCCGAGGUGGAGGUGAAAGUGCCUGAUUCAGGGGGUGAGAGCCUGCCGCGCAUCCUCAGGCACGAAAUCCUACGGAAGUGCAUGUCCAGACCCGUCCCAGGAAGCCAGAAUCCAGGUGGCCAGCAACUGCAUUCUGAGAACUUUGCGGCUGAACAAAGCCUUUCCGUGCCCCACCAGCCCCUACCCCGCUGGGGGCACACCCUCCCCCACAACUUUUCUAGACAGGUGCUUCAGGACAGAGAACAGGCCUGGCUCCCCCCGGGGCCUCCUCAGUAGCUUGUGAGUCUGAGCUGGGGGAGGAUAACUUGGAACAGUGGAUCAAGAGACCUUCACACACACCCAGGCGCCCUCCUCAGGAAAUGCGGAUGGAACAAACUGUAGGUGAUCAAAGCUGGCAAGGACCUCAACCAUCAUCUAUUGCAAAGAUGGCAAAAAGGUGUCACCUUGCAUGCCAACUCCAAUCCAUUGGUUGUGGCUUCCUAGAGCGCUGCGCUGGAAAGGAUGGUAAGGUCAUAUUUGAACUCAGCAGAAAAGAACACCUGAUAAACUGAUUGAUUAGCGAUGUCUGCCAUGGGUGAGAGAAGGAGGAAUAGAAGCAUCUACUUUGCCCUCACUGAUUAAGUCCAACCCCCUCACUGUGCAGAUAAGGAAACAAAACCAGAGAGGGAUAGUGGCUUAGCCAAGGUCAAGGACUAGAACCCAAGCUUCCUGAUUCCUCUGUAUAGUCCUCUGUUCCAUACCCCACAUCCACAGGAAUGUCAGGGAUUUCCUCAGAUAAGAAAUCUGGCUGCUGUCCAGAGUUCCACCUCAUGGGGGCCUGGGUGCUGGUUCCUGUCCUCCAGAUCUCAGCUUAGACCUGUUCCCCUGACUGGUCUGGGACCCCACAAAGAGCCUGGAGGUCAGAGGAGCAAGUGUGGAGUUAGCUUCCUUUUAGGGACACACCCACUGGCUCUCUCCCAAGAGUCCUUAAGAAUCCAAUGGCUCAGUGCUUGGCCAUCUUCUAAAACAGUGGGCUAGGAGGGCCCUGCUGCAUCCCACUGCCCUGGUUUCUCCUCCAGGAGUCUGAUUUCCUUGGCCCUCUGAGCCUUUGAGUCUGGGCCCUGUUCCAAAGCUGCUGUUGUCUGAGGAAUGGUUUGGCGAGAACAGAUGUUAGAACUUGUUUGUUGAUUCUUGUCUGGCUAAUAAAUCAUCGCCAACCACCUCCCCCAACAGGGAUUCAAGUGCUCUAGGCUCCUUCUGUCUCCGUCUCUGACUCUCUCUCCCAUACUGUGGAAGGAAAGUGGUUGAAUGGCCACUGCAGGGAGGGGAGAAGGGCCAGGCAUUGAGAGACACUUGGGUAAGUGUCACAGAUCUGGGGGCUGGGCGCCGGGAGACACCAAAGCAAGGGACAAAGACCUCUCUCUGCAAAGUAUUCCCUCCCUAGUGGAGGUGGGCUGGGCAGCUAUCCAGGGGCAGAGGGGUGGCUAUAUCACCUGGGGGAUGCCAGGAAAGAAAGAGGGCAGGGAGGGAAGUGGUUGAAAGUUAGCCCCCUGCACCUCCUUCCCCGACUCCCCUGCCAAGCCCUGCAGGACUGGGGGAGGGGGGUAGGGAGUCUAUGUGUAUGAGCCCCUUAGGAGGAUGGGGAGCCCACCCACAGUGGCUCCAAGGCACUCUCUUGUGUCUUCCCAGCCUUUUGGGCUCAGUCCUUCUCUGUCUCCCUCAUGAGGCUUCCUCUCUCUGCCCCACUGUGGCCAAGCUCCAUGCUCUGGGCUUCAAGUGCCUAGAAGAAUCUCCCUUAGAUCUUAUUUUUAUCUCAGACUGGAAGCUCCCUGAGGCAGGGAAGUGUCUGUCCUUGGGUUGCGCUCAGGGCUCAGAGCAGAGACUCCCCCAGGAGCCUCUCAGGGGCUUCUGAGCACUCCUGGGGUCCCAUCUGGGCAGCCUCUUCUUACUCAUUCCCGUGAGAGCUCAGCCAAGACAAUCAGGGCCCAUCGGGGUCCCCCUUCCUGCCAAGGGGCCCUGGGUACUUGCCUGAAUCACGGAAGUCCCCCAGACCUUCCCUGAAGAUAUGUUCCCUAGAUGUGGGUGCUGCCACCACCACGCCACCCCCAGCCUGGUGCAGGGCCAGCUCCAGUGACUAGUGAAUUCCCCUCCUUUCCACUCCAGCGCUAAUCAGCUUAAGGAGAAAUAUGGUUGCUGAGUCAACAGAGUUGGGGUUCCAUUUCCUCCUGUCUGUAGAUCUGAACUCCCUCCUGAGCGAGGUGGAGUAAGAUGGGGGAGGGGAGGGGAGCAGAUGGCUUUGGGGAGGGUAGGCUGAAGGUGCAAGAAAGGCCUUAGAUGAGACUCAGGGAGUCACCUGGUGGCUGAUUCCUUGUGGCAGGGGAGGAGGAAGAAAAAGAAAAAGCUUACUGUAUAGCAAGAACUAGAAAUGAGAAUGUCAGAAAACAGGAUUUCCUUAGCCUUCAAGAUAGAACAGGAUGGGCAGGUGCAGGGAGGGGUCAGAAAUGCCUAGUGACCCACGUGGUGUUUCUGAAGGAGCAAGGCCUCCUGGAGAGGGGCAAGCGGGACCCAAGGAACCUCUCCCUCCCUCUUCAGCUCCGCAUGGCUAGGAGUGGACUCACCAGAGCGGGUGGGAUCGGAAUCCGGACCCCUAGAUUCCCGUUGUGGCUCUUUGCUAACAAGCUGCCCAGCCUCUGACAGGGAAACUUUUUCUGUGCCACUGCUCCCUACAUUCUUUUGAAAUGGAGACAAUGCCUUAUUUGCACACAGGGCUGCUGUACAGAGCGGAUGAGACCAUGCAAGUGAGGGGAUUGACAGAGCAGGACCGCUGAGGCUUGAAGGGACUUCAGGUCCUUUGUGACUGACUCUUUGGUUCAACCAAAUAAGAACACUGAGGGCUAGACAGGGGAGGUGGCAGGGAACUGGAAGCAGUCAGGACCAGAUCUUGUCAUCCCAAGCCAGUGCUCCCCCUUAUACUGUGGGGUCCCUCCCAGGCCAGGUAAGGCCCUGGUCCUCCCUGGGGCUCUAGCUGCAAGGUUCUCCUCACCACAACCACGGGCACCCCUGCACCGUUCUGCUGACUCCACUCCCAAGGGGAGGCCUGGGGCUGCGGUGAGACCUCAGGAUGGAGAAGCUGAGUAACUAGUACAGGAAAAGGAGUCUGGCAAUCGUGCUGAGCAGGUUGCUCUGCCCGGGCAGAGGCCACUCAGGCCAGGGGGCGGUGGGUGGGGGUGGCACUUCCCAGCUGACUCGGUCUCCCAUGGUUAUUGCAUCCCUCCUGCCUCCUCUAGGCAGGGCUUUCUCUGGCUCAGUCCCCUCUUAGAUCUGAGGAGAGCUGUUGCUGCCAAGCCCCUGAUGCCCUUCAGAGCCUGCGAAGGCCUUGCUGCGAGUGAAUGUUCCAGCUUCUCCCUCCGGUUCCAGCCCCUUCAGCACCAUGGCUGACUCCAAUGUCUCUUUGUAUUUUUUCCUGCUCUUGUCUCCCUUAUGCUGCCCCUUUCAUCCUGUCAGUUCCUUCAGCUAAUGCAGUAGACAGUCUUAGUAGGGUAUCCUGUAACUCGGCCCAGGUGGACAGGGCAGGAGCAGAGGGGAUGAGAAGCUAUUAACUCCCCAACCUCAGCUAUCCCAAGUCUGAAGUUCAUCAGUCCCCAGGAACCCACUCAAGGAGGACUAAGGCCCCACCCUCAACUACCUCUCCAGGACUUAGAACAUCUGUCUCCACCUGAAGGAAAGCUGAGCAGAGGGAGAGGGGGUGAAGAAAAGGUCAGGAGCAGACAGCAGAGCAUUCCUGCAUCCUUGCCACCUCCCCAGGCCCCACAGAACUUCAGCCAUCCCCUCAACAGACUCUGGCUUCCUGGACAGCAAGCUCAGUACUCAGACCUGGCUGGGUCCCUGCCCAGGGGCCAGAGGCUUUGGGGUAGGAGCAAUGACAGCUGCGCCAUCUCUGUGCAGUUCCUAAGUCUGAUUUUUGUGGACCUCGGCUUCCUUAGCUCCGCUGUCCCAAUCAGUGCAGCACAGCACACUCAGACUUUGCCCCCACCCCUCCAACCACUUCCAGGGCCAUUUGGAUCCAUUUCUGACCAAGGCCUUCACCCCCUCCUCCCUCUGUCCCUCAGCAGUUGCCGCCAUGCCUAUUUUAGCCAAGUUAUUGUUCCUUAUUCCUCCUUCCCUCUCCCUUAUCCCUGUCUUCUCUUUCCUGUUCAUCAUCACUUGAGGCUAUUGCCUCUCAAAUAAAGUAUGCCCAUUUUCUAA